AUCUAGCGCGCUUUAGACAUCUUGCAAAGUUCAGUGAUGUUUCUGGUUGCACUGUUUUGUGCGUUAGUUUUUCAUGUUGGCAGUGCUUCGCUGUCAGACGGUGAUGAUGGCGUGGAUAGAAUGGACGGAGACAUAGCAGGCAUGCCGAUUACUCUGCAGGCCAACGACAAACCGUCGGUUUGCUCAAAAAUGUGCGACUCCAAUCCUCAGUGUGUUUGCUGGGCUUACUGCAAAGCAAACUGCUCCGGAGACCCGUCAGCACCGCUCUGUUACUUGAAAGACAAGCUCAUGCCUCAAUCACUAAAUCCUUGCAGGGUGUCAGGAGUCAAAAAUGCAACCUUGUUGCCUUAUGCUUUUAAGCCACUUCCAACAGGAGCAGUAAAGCCUCAAGGAUGGUUAAAGGAACAGUUACAGAUUCAGGCUGACGGGUUAUCUGGUCAUCUUGCGUUGUUCUGGAUUGAUGUGGCGAACUCAAGUUGGAUUGGAGGAAAAGGAGACACGGGACUGCACGAGAGAACUCCAUACUGGCUAAACGGAUUUGUGCCUUUGUCAUACCAGUUGGAUGAACCAAGUCUGCAGGCGCAGGUACAUAAAUACGUUGAUUACAUACUUGAACACCAAAGCUCUGAUGGUUGGCUUGGACCCGAGGAUGACAAAGAUGGAAACAUGUACUGGUCAAAGUUUCCAAUGAUGCUGGCUCUGCUGCAAUAUCAUGAAGUGAAUAGUAGUGACACCAGAAUUCUUCCUGCAGUUAUGAAAUUUCUCCACACAGCACGUCAGAAGAUGUUUACUGUUCCUCUAAGUGGAUGGUCACAAUAUCGGUGGGAAGAUAUGGUUUUGUCCGUUCACUGGCUACUAGAAAAUGGUAAUACAGGCGAAGAGCAGUUUCUUUGGGAUUUAGCCGAACAGGCCAAGCAACAGGGCUUUGACUGGAAGGGUUACUAUGAAGGAAACGACUUUCCAACUGGUUCAGCAAGUAGUCUAAGCAUGGCAAAUCAUGGAGUUAAUGUCGGGCAGUCUCUCAAAUCUGGAGCAGUUUGGUAUAGGCAGUCAAAAGAUGAUGCUGAUCGAAACAGUUCAUAUCAGCGUGUUGAGCGUUUGUUUAAAUACCACGGGCUAGCAAGUGGUACAUUUGGUGCAGAUGAACAUUUGGCAGGGAAUAUGCCAUCAAGAGGAACUGAGUUGUGUACUGUUGUGGAGGGGAUGUUCUCAUUUGAAACUCUAUUUGCAGUCAUUGGUGAUCCUAUGUUUGCUGAGCAGGCUGAAAAGAUGUGCUACAAUGCGCUACCUGCUACACUCACUCCUGACAUGUGGGCUCAUCAAUACCUUCAAGAGGUGAAUGAAGCUAACGCUGUACACAUCGAUCAUCAUGUCUGGGCUAGCGAUGGACCAGAUUCUAUUCUAUAUGGCUUGGAACCAAACUAUGGCUGCUGCACAGGAAACUUUAAUCAAGGAUGGCCAAAGUUUGUAUCACACAUUUUCUUACAAUCACCAGAUGGAGGCCUUAUUUUGUCAAUGAUAGCACCUUGUGUCGUCACUGCUAUGACAUCAGAUGGUUCUAAGCAGAUGGUUUCUGUGGAUACAAUGUAUCCAUGGGACGGUGGUGUUUCCAUCACGGCUCAAAGCAGUUCCCCCUUUCCACUGUAUGUUCGAAUUCCUUCUUGGGCUACUGGCACCUCAGCGACUAUCAAUGGUGGAAAGCCCCAAAUGGUAGAAGCAGGCCAGUUGUUCAAAGUACAGUGCUCAGGGACAACUAAAGUGAUGCUGAACAUCAACAUGACAUUACGAGUGGAGAGGCGGUUUAAUCAAGCUGCUUCUAUUUACAAAGGACCUUUGUUGUAUGGUUUGGAGAUUGGUGAAAACUACACGGCUCUCCGCAGCUAUGACUUUAACAGUAAAGACUACCAAAUCACAAACACUACUCCUUGGAACUAUGCCCUCCAAUUGGACGACGACAAACAUCCUGAAAUGAAUCUGGAAUUUAUGUACCGAGGUCUGCAGUCCGAUCAACCUCCUUUCUCUAUAACUGGAUCACCAGCUAUGAUCAAAGCUAAAGGACGUUUACUCCCUGAUUGGCAGCUGGAUCUUGGUUCUGCUGCGGCGCCUCCUGCAAGUCCUGUGACAUCUAACCAGCCUGUGGAAGACAUCACUUUGCUACCAUUUGGUGCCACAGAGCUGCGUAUUGGUGAGAUACCAACACUGAAACCCACAGGAAGAGAAGGUUGAACGCCAGUAUGUCAAAGUGCUGAUUGUCUUCCAUUGCUGUCAAGUCACAUUAGUAGAUUGUAUGGUUUUCUAACUAUUGUUUUCUGUCAUUUGUUACCAGUAAGAACUUGAUUAUCUGAACCUCUAUGCAAAGACUCUGCAUACUAGGUGUUUGGAUUAGAAAUCUGUUGGCAUUGCUUUCCGUAAUCCAUAACACAGUGCAUGAAACCAA